AUGCGUGGAAAGAAAUGGAGGGCGGAGGUCCUUGCUGGUCUGCAAAGUGCCGAGAUAUUAUUAGAGGAAAACGCGCCUGGAAGACAGAUUACGAUCUGUUCAGACAGCGAAGCGACACUAAGUGCAGUGGGAAAACCAGAUAUAGCAUCUGAACUGGUUUGGGAAUGCAAAAAGGCAUUGAACCGGCUUGUAGAAAAGAAUAAAGUGGCUCUCAUAUGGGUUUCUGGACAUACAGGGAUCAAGGGCAACGAGAAAGCGGACCAGCAGGCAAGAAGCGGUGCGGCAGAUGAAUACAUAGGGCCGGAACCGGUAUUGGGUCUAGCGUCUUGA